CUGCAGAUGUGUAAAGAUCUUCCUAACACUAAGAGCUGUUUAGGGUGAUGUACAUUUACUGUUGAUGAGUGUAGAAGUGAUGAUUAAUGCUGGAUUCUAGAUAGAUUUGAUGCUGAUGUGGCUCAGAAUGGCUCCUGCUCUUCAUCUGAUCUUUCUGCUCAUCAUUCACAUAGUUUCUAGUGCUGAUUGGGGUGUAAAUUACAGAUCUUCACACAUCUGUGCACUAAAAGACUCAUCAGUGACAAUCAGUUGCACUUUUACAUAUCCGUCUACUGGAUAUCAGAUCAUGGAAGUGUUUUGGAACAAAGACCUUGUAAAACAGGGUGUAGAGCUUGCAAAUCUGUCUGAGGACCCUGAAUACAGUCAGAGGCUUCAGUAUCUGGGAGAUGAACAGCAGAACUGCACUGUCAGACUGAGUCAUGUGACAGAGAAAGAUGAACAUGAGUAUUAUUUCAGAUUCAUUACUAAUGUAACAGGAGGAAGAUGGAUUGGUUAUCCAGGAGUGCGUCUCUCUGUCACAGAUCUUCAGCUGGAGGCUCCUGAGAGAGUAACAGAGGGAGAUUCAGUCCGUCUGACAUGUAAAAGCAGCUGUAAACUGACUGACACACCAACAUUCAUCUGGUACAGAAACUCACACACACUGACUGAAGGACUUACUGACAACAAACUCAUCCUGGACCCAGUCAGAAGAGAAGAUGCAGGCAGAUAUAGAUGUGCUAUAGAUGGACACACGCUCGCAUCACCUGACGUCUAUCUCAACGUCACCUGUGAACCCCCCCCCAGGAAAGUCUCAGUGCUUAUAAAUGGAUCUGCUGUAAUGGAGUCUGGAGGUUCAGUGAGUCUGAUGUGCAUCAGUGACUCAAACCCUCCUGCUCUGAACUUCAGCUGGUUUAAGGAGAACCAAAGCUCAGCUGUUGGAUCUGGACAGAGUUUCAGUGCAGUACAGAGUGGACGCUUCUACUGUGAGGCUCACAAUCCACAUGGAGCUCAGAGAUCAGACGCCGUCUCUGUCACUGUUCAUCACGGCUCUGGAAGAAACAUCAUCAUCAUCACAGUGACAUCUGGAGGAUUAUUAGUCAUCAUCUUCAUCAUCAUUAUCAUCCUGUGUAUAAUGUGA